CCAAUGGGAGCACGGGAAUGGUCCAACCUUUUUCCGUUCCCCCUCGCUUUGAGCUAACACUCGUCUAGCCUUUUUUUGUCGAUGGCAUGGUGCUAGCAGCUACGGCAGAAAUAUAGGUGUCACGGGAAAUUACGAAUACUGACAAUUAAUUCGGACAUCUGAUGGAAAACAGUUAACUCGGGCGGAUUCCUGAAAUACAUGACAGCCAAAACAUAUUUUACAGUCCAGCACCAAGCCUCACAUUUUGAGGUUGAUAAUUCUGCCCCAAGGUUAGCGAGCUAGCGGGGUAGCCGAUUAACGCGAAACUAGUUGCGCGAUCGGUAACUCUGUUAACGGAGACUUAGUCGUGUGUUCGUAAGAGUGAUUAUAAACCAACCAGACUAGAGGAAUAGCAUGGCCGAAGCUGAUAAGUUGAACAUCGACUCCAUUAUACAACGUCUGCUGGAAGUGAAAGGCUCCAGACCUGGUAAAAAUGUUCAGCUGACAGAAAAUGAAAUCCGCGGUCUCUGCCUCAAAUCCCGGGAGAUCUUCCUCAGCCAGCCAAUUCUGCUCGAACUUGAGGCGCCCCUCAAGAUCUGCGGUGAUGUUCACGGGCAGUACUAUGACCUGCUGAGGCUGUUUGAAUACGGAGGCUUCCCACCAGAGAGCAACUAUCUCUUCCUGGGGGAUUAUGUCGACCGAGGGAAGCAGUCCCUCGAGACCAUCUGCCUGCUGUUGGCAUACAAGAUCAAAUACCCAGAAAACUUCUUCCUGCUGAGAGGAAACCAUGAGUGCGCCUCCAUUAACAGAAUAUAUGGCUUCUACGAUGAGUGUAAAAGGCGAUACAACAUAAAGCUGUGGAAGACCUUCACUGACUGCUUCAACUGUUUGCCCGUCGCAGCCAUUGUUGAUGAGAAGAUUUUCUGUUGCCAUGGAGGCCUGUCCCCAGACCUCCAGUCCAUGGAGCAGGUCCGGAGGGUCAUGCGCCCCACGGACGUGCCCGACCAGGGCCUCCUCUGCGACCUGCUGUGGGCGGACCCGGAUAAGGACGUGCUCGGCUGGGGCGAGAACGACCGCGGCGUGUCCUUCACCUUCGGCGCCGACGUGGUCACCAAAUUCCUCCACAAACACGACAUGGACCUUAUUUGUCGGGCCCAUCAGGUCGUCGAGGACGGGUAUGAGUUCUUUGCAAAGAGGCAGCUGGUGACGCUGUUCUCAGCCCCGAACUACUGCGGGGAGUUUGACAACGCCGGAGCCAUGAUGAGCGUCGACGAGACCCUCAUGUGCUCAUUCCAGAUUCUCAAACCUGCAGACAAGAAGCUGUUCUACGGCAGCGGAGUAGGGAUGGGCUCCGGCCGCCCAGUCACUCCCCCAAGGAAAGCUAAGAAAUGACAGCAGCAGUUUGCUCCUGUCCUCUCUACCUCUCUUCUCCUUUCUUUCACCAAACAGCCAGAAAUGAAACCUAUACCCAGGGCUUUUUUCCUUUUUUUAUCUGUACUUCUUAAAACAUUUAAUGUUUCGAAUUGUCUGAGUGAGUGCGUGCGUGCGCAGAUGACGACGACGUGUGUCUCGUCUGCCGGUGAGCAUUAAAAUCAUGUGUGCACGUGUACAAUUGGUGUGAGAGUAUUAGAGAUUUAUACUUUACCCUCUCUCUUACCGCUCCUCCCGUGGAAAGGUUAAAACCACAGUGGCUGUCUGUACAGUAAUUUUAACUGAGAAAGCAGGGUUUGGGAGACUGGGAGAUUGCUGACGUGAUGAAUAUAGCAGUGGACCCCUGCCAGCAGGUGGCGUGUGUGUACUUGUGGAGAGGGGGGAAGUAUUUUGUUUUCCCUGUCCUCUGUCCUGUAAAAUCCAUCACAGGUGUGUGCGUGCGUGUGUGUGUGCAUGCGCUAUCUUAUCUUGCCUAUCGGAGCGCGGCGUCUCGGUUUCCAUGAAACGGAACAAGUACGUCGCCCUGUCCAAGACGAGCAAGGACGUGCUUACCCAAACACACACACAUACGCACACACACUCACACACGCAUAUGACUCUUCAGAUUCAUAUGAGCCAGAGCUGUAAAAAAAACAUACAGUUUAGGUUUGUACAGAUUUGAUUACUUGAAAGAGAUUUUUUGUGAAUUCGUUUUGUAGUCUUUCAUCAAGUUGACCAAUAAAGCGAGAAUCUGAGCUACAA